UUCGUCGUCUUUUUUUUUCGCCAAGGUCCUGUCUUACAUACUUUGAAGUGCUCGUGCACUCAGUGUGAUAGGAACAUAGCGCAGAGAUGGGCUGUUUGUCAGCGGGAUACUGCAUGUGGAUGUCCCGGCGCCAAUGAUCUAUCAAGAUUGCGACCCUGUUGCUGAGGGGCAUCUGUCUAUUAAUAGUUGAGUUGGGUCUGGCUGUCGGUAUACAACGGCUUGGCUCCAAAAAAUUCUUGCUACCAUUCAGCUGAUGGCUUGCGGCGGCAGUUGAGAUUUCUCGUGUUGUUGGCAGUUCGUGCGGGAGCCGUUCAGUGACGUCCGUAUGUGCGUCCGUAUGGUGAUUUUCUCUUACCAUCUAACUUAACGUAGUUAAGUUUUUGUUUAACACGAAAUGGAUGUUAUUGAAACCGUGGAAUCUUCUGCUCCAGAAAGACAACAACAAACAACUGAUAAGAAAAGUGAACGUCCUUACUCACUCAUGUUGUGAAAAUUCCUUGCACAUUUUGGGCCAGCCCGGUUUCAUCAUCAUUAUUUCAAACGGUGGGCGAACGUGCCUUAAUGCAUUUAAUUUAUAAAUUGCAUUAUAUUGACGAGAGGUCAUUCACUUCAUUGUGCAUAUCCGAUAACAAGCAGACCAAGCUGGAAGUGUCAGCAUGUUUUCCUUUCUUUACGUGUCAUUCUUGGGUGUCUCCAUAAACGUGAACGGGUCUUCCAUGCAUGUCAAAAGGAAAGAGAAAGAAAAAUGGACUGGCAACGUUGUUGCCAAGGCUGAACAAGAACAAGACUGAGAGAAUGGUCUAGCCUGUAGUUAGCAGCAGUUGCUUCAUUCCAAAAAAGUUGGACUGUCAUGGAUUGUAGAGUUCCAAUCUAAAAGGCCCCCUUUUUUGUUAUUCUGUAUAGUUUUAGUUACGUUGUCAAUUAUAUGUCAGAGCUGGAUGAUUAAAAUUGAGCGUAAUCGUACUAAAAUGCCCGGAAGGAGCUCAAAAAAAGUUUCUUCUAUGCUCACAAGGGGCCGGAAAAACUUUUUCAAGGACGGCCUCAUCACUGGUUCUGGUAUAGGGGAACCAAGUCUUUAUCAUGCAUUGGUGGUCAUCUUCCUGGAGUUUUUCGCUUGGGGUUUACUUACCACUCCAAUGAUCACAGUUUUAAAUGAAACUUUCCCUGAUCACACAUUUCUGAUGAAUGGACUAAUUGUUGGAAUCAAGGGAUUGCUUUCCUUUCUAAGUGCACCACUUGUCGGUGCCUUGUCGGACGUAUGGGGCAGAAAAUUCUUCCUUGUCGUGACAGUGUUCUUCACUUGCGCUCCUAUUCCUUUAAUCCAUAUAAACACAUGGUGGUACUUCGCCAUGAUUUCCAUAAGUGGCGUAUUUGCUGUAACGUUUUCCGUCGUAUUUGCGUACGUGGCUGAUGUCACCGAUGAAAGCGAACGUAGUGCAGCAUACGGACUGGUGUCCGCAACAUUUGCUGCGUCGUUGGUAACAUCACCAGCAUUGGGAGCUUAUCUUGGCCGUGUAUACAGCGAAACUUUAGUAGUAGCGAUUGCAACUGCCGUUGCUCUUCUCGACGUAUUUUUCAUUUUAGUUGCUGUUCCCGAGUCAUUGCCUGAGAAAGUUCGCCCCUCAUCGUGGGGAGCACCAAUUUCCUGGGAACAGGCGGAUCCCUUUGCUGCAUUGAAAAAAGUCGGCAAAGAUAACACGAUUUUGAUGCUAUGCGUCACUGUCUUUCUUUCUUAUUUACCCGAAGCUGGCCAAUACUCCUGUUUUUUCGUCUACCUGAAACUGGUUAUGGGAUUCUCAGCUGAAGCUGUUGCAACCUUCAUUGCCGUAGUAGGGGUACUGUCAGUUUUCGCCCAGACGGCAGUUCUUGGACUGCUUAUGAGAACUGUUGGAGCCAAAGCAACGAUUUUAAUUGGAUUAGUUUUUGAGAUGCUGCAGUUGGCUUGGUACGGCUUUGGUUCACAAAUGUGGAUGAUGUGGUCUGCUGGUGUUUUAGCUGCUAUCUCGAGUAUUUCGUAUCCAGCUAUUUCUGCGUUUGUGUCUAUGCACGCGGAUGCCGACAAGCAAGGGCUUGUGCAAGGAAUGAUCACAGGAGUUCGUGGUCUUUGUAACGGAUUGGGUCCAGCCCUUUAUGGACUCAUUUUCUACCUCUUUAAUGUCAAUCUGAACGACAAGGAUGCCGUUAAACUUUCGCAUUCUGGUUCGCACACUAAUGAAACGACACACAUAGAAGAUAUUUCAGUGAUUCGGGCUCUUCCUGGUCCACCCUUCGUAUUUGGGUCGUUCUUAGUGGUUUGCGCUUUGUUAGUCGCCUUCUUCAUCCCAGAAGGCCCACUGGGUUCAACAUUGAAGUCAAAUGCUCGGAGGUCAUCAGGAGGUCCAACAUCAGUGCCGCUGAUGCAUCCAUUGUCGUUGGAAGAGGAGAUUGCGGCCUUGUAAAUAGCACACACACAUUAUGACGAGAAGUUAAGCUAAAUCGGGCUUACGCGAUCUGAAAAGCUUCUCUUCUCUUUUUGUUAUUUUGAUGGCUUUCGCAGUUGUCCGGACGGUUGAAUCUUGACAACUUUAAUCGUUGAUAUGUAUUUUGUUGCUGUCGAGUCAAAUGUUGCGGAGUCGAGAAGCUUUAGCAGUUCGCGUUUAGCGCUUCUCUUGAUUGAGUAAGAUGUGCCGACUGUGACGGGUUUGGGGUAGCACCACAUUAUUUGAUUCGAUGUCCUAAAAAUUGUGUAAUAAAUGCAAUGCAUGCGACUCAUUGGCAAACCGGAUUUCUAUUACUGCCGACCAGUGUGUGCAUGUAUAUAACGAUAUAAUUGUGUAAUUCGAUGGAUUUCACCGUGUAACUAAAAAAAAAAAAUCAUCAUUUCCCCCUUAAACACAACAACAACAUAAAAAAAUGACGGAAUACAUUCUAAUUGGAUAUUCAUUCCUAACUCUUCGAAUCUUUUACCCCCCCGGACGUUAUAUAGCUUGGUAUCUUCCGCAAACCCAACUCGUCUAUCGAUCGAAGUAUGUAUAUCUCGGUUAAUAAAAUUUAUGUUCAUUGC